AUGUCACUGGUGGAUCUGGGGAAGAGACUGUUAGAAGCAGCUCGCAAAGGCCAAGAUGACGAAGUGAGAACUCUGAUGGCAAACGGUGCGCCGUUCACCACGGAUUGGCUGGGGACGUCACCCCUUCACCUGGCGGCUCAGCACGGCCAUUAUUCCACUGCAGAAGUUCUGCUCCGGGCAGGGGUGAGCCGGGAUGCUCGGACCAAGGUAGACAGGACACCGCUGCAUAUGGCAGCCGCUGACGGACACUCCCACAUCGUUGAGCUGCUGAUCAGGAACGGCGCUGACGUGAACGCGAAGGACAUGCUAAAGAUGACCGCCCUGCACUGGGCGACGGAGCGCAGCCACCGGGAGGUGAUCGAGCUGCUCAUCAAACACGGCGCUGACGUCCACGCCUUCAGCAAGUUUGGCAAAUCCGCUUUCGACAUCGCUUUGGAGAAGAACAACCCGGAAACCCUUCUGGUCCUGCAGGAGGCGAUGCAGAACCAGGCCAGUCCGAACCCCGUCUCUGGUUCCAUCACGGCGGGCCAGCCCUUUUUCCUGGCCACGGGAGAAGGGCUGAGCUUAGCCAGCUUCGUGUCCUUGGCAGCCACCAAACCAACCUCAGGCAACUCCCACGUCUCCACCGCACAGUUUCCAAACUCCACCACCUCUGUUCUCGCCACGCUAGCAGCCAUAGCAGAAGCCUCUGGGCCCCUUUCCAGUUCAAACAGGCCUCCAGAGUCAUCGGAGGAAAAAGUGGAGGCCAGUUCGGUGGACUCCCCCCUGAAGCGAGUCGUCAGCAGUGGCGGGCAGCAAGUGAUCACCAUUGUGACCGACGGCAUUCCACUGAGUAGCCUCCAGACGGCCCUCCGUGCCGGCGGCAUCAGCCAGCCAUUCAUCAUCACCAUGCAGAACGGGCAUCAAGUUCUUGCUGUACCUGCUGGCCAGAUGUCAGGAGAGGCUGUCGUCGUAGAGCAAAGCGAGGGAAACCACGUAGCGGAGGAGGAGGAAGAGCCCCUGGCCAAGAAAAUAAAAAUGGAAGACGCCGAGAACGAUUCAGAGGAAAGACUGGACAAUUACGAACAAGAGAUCUUGCAGCUGCGGCUCCGGGAGGCCAACCGCGAAGCGCAGGAGUACCGGAGCCAGCUCUCGCAGAAGGAGCAGGAAGCGGAGCGGUGCCAGCGGCAGCUGGAGGCAAUGGCCAGGCGGCAGGCCAGCAAGGUGGAGGCCGAGGAGGAAGCAAAGGUCAACUCGGCCAAGGAGGAAGCAAAGGUCAACUCGGCUGAGUCGUCCUCAGAAAAGGCGGCUGGGUCUGCGGCGGAAGCAGAGCCGCUGACUGACACUGCCGUAGAGACAGUAAGGUUGCCACCGGUGGGAGCUUCCUUGUAG